GGCGGCGGCGGCGGCGGCGGCGGGAGCCGGGCGGCCGAGCGCCCCGCCGACGUGCCGGGCCGGCCGCCUGGAGGGACCCGAGGCGGGGAGAGCCGGCAGGCGCGCCCGGGACGCGGCGGCUGCCCCCUCGGCGCUGGGCCGGCGGAGCCGUGCGCGUGGCCGUGCGAGUGCGCCGGUGGGGCCGUGGUCGGGCUCCGUCGCCAGCGGCGCGUCCAGCUCCGGGAGCGCGAUCGGAUACCCCGAGCCCACAGCACGGCCUGCCCUGAGAAAUGCUAGAAGCUGGGUGCAGUCCCAGGCCAGGGCACCUGUUUUUCCUGUUUCCUGAAGAAUUCCCUGCAUCCUGGUCCAGGCCUGUGCAUUCCUGAGCGAGGGACCCGAGCAGGCGCUGAGUAUCCUGCCUGAGAGCAGGGGCUGACCAGAAACAGACGGGUGGGCUGCAUCUGGCCCUCAGGAUGUAGUAUGCCUACCCCUGUUCUGAAGUUUUAGAGGGCGAUGGCCACAGGCCUGGGCCGCUGGAACGGCACGGUCAAUGACUCCUGGGAAGGGGACGAGCUGGGCUACAAGUGCCGUUUCAAUGAGGACUUCAAGUACGUGCUGCUGCCCGUGUCCUACGGCGUGGUGUGUGCGCUGGGGCUGUGUCUGAACGCCGCGGCGCUCUACGUCUUCCUGUGCCGCCUCAAGACCUGGAACGCGUCCACCACGUACAUGUUCCACCUGGCCGUGUGCGACGCGCUGUACGCCGCGUCCCUGCCGCUGCUGGUCUACUACUACGCCCACGGCGACCACUGGCCCUUCAGCGUGGUGCUGUGCAAGCUGGUGCGCUUCCUCUUCUACACCAACCUCUACUGCAGCAUCCUCUUCCUCACGUGCAUCAGCGUGCACCGGUGCCUGGGUGUCCUGCGCCCGCUGCGCUCGCUGCGCUGGGGCCGCGCGCACUACGCCCGCCGCGUGGCGGCCGCCGUGUGGGUGCUCGUGCUGGCCUGCCAGUCCCCCGUGCUCUACUUCGUCACCACCAGCGUGCGGGGCGGCCGCAUCACCUGCCACGACACCUCCGCGCCCGAGCUCUUCGGCCAGUUCGUGGCCUACAGCUCCGUCAUGCUGGGCCUGCUCUUUGCCGUGCCCUUCGCCGUCAUCCUGGUGUGCUACGUGCUGAUGGCCCGGCGGCUGCUGAGGCCGGCCUGUGGCACGUCGGGGGGCCUGCCGCGGGCCAAGCGCAAGUCGGUGCGCACCAUUGCCGUGGUGCUGGCCGUCUUCGCGCUCUGCUUCCUGCCUUUCCACGUCACCCGCACCCUCUACUACUCCUUCCGCUCGCUGGACCUCAGCUGCCACACCCUCAACGCCGUCAACGUGGCUUACAAGAUCACGCGGCCGCUGGCCAGUGCCAACAGUUGCCUCGACCCCGUGCUCUACUUCCUGGCGGGGCAGAGGCUCGUGCGCUUUGCCCGAGAUGCCAAGCCACCCUCAGAUCCCUCUCCUAUUGCCCCGGUUCGCCGCAGAGGGGGCCUGCGCAGGUCCGACAGGACUGACAUCAAGAGGACAAAAGAUGUAUUGACCAGCAGUGAGGACUCUAGGUGGACAGAGUCCACACCAGCUGAUGGUGAGAACACUAAGGACAUCCGGCUGUAGGACCUGAAUCCCUCAGGCCUGUGCAAGUUUAUAUGGGGGGGGGGGGUGCUGUAGGGAUUAGGACUUCUUCAGAUGGGAUGGUCUCCCUAGAUAGGGCCCAUUAGUGACACAUGCCUGAUGGUCAAGGGAGCCAUGACCUCAAUGCUCUGUCAUUUGGCAGGGGCUCAGAAUGUUCUCUGCGGUCCAGAGAUCUCAACAGUUCCUAUGACGCCAGUCACAAUUUGUAUGUGUGAGCUGGGGAAUAAGGCUUCAAGAAAGGCAAGGGUAAGGGGCCAAUGCUGCCCCUGGCCUGACUCCCACAUAAGCAGCUGGCUGUGCCUGCCAGGGUAUCCAGCCUGAUCAAGUCAAAUGGAGAAACAGGCCCAGAGGGGAAAGUGACUUACCAAGGUCACAGUCUGGGCCUGAGGCCCCUAGGAGGGGCAGGGUUACAGGCUGACCGAAGGACCCUGGUAAGGGGUCAGGGCCGAGCCAGAGCUUCCUACAGAGGGGUCUAGGGCAGGUCUGGAUGCCCCAGUGGACACACCUCUGAGGAGGAGCCCCAGCCUGAGAGAUGAACGUAAUGUCAGGGAACCAAUGUCAUAAACCCAUCUGGAGGCUCCCCUGGGCUGGGAGCCAGUUGGAGGCUGUAACUUCUACUAAAGUUGUUGCCUGCUGCGCUGUGCCCUAUUGUGUGGUUUGAGGAUGAAGAUACAGCCUAAGAAGCUCUCACCAUCCACACUGGGGUCCUUUCUCCAACUUGUACUCUUCUGCCGCCUGCCUUCCCACUAGCUGCCACAGAAGACAGGAGAGAGAUGGGGUCCUGUCCCGGGAUCCCCUAGUUGAGGGCUUAAUGGCUAUGACCAGUCAUGCUGGUAAAUGUUAAACCAUCUAACUGGCUCUCCAGGGGGUGAGGGGAACCCCUUAUUUGUAGCCUUGCCGACUGCCAUGGUGCAAAUAGCCUGCCUUGGCCAAUUUCAGACUACUAAUGUGAUGUCAGCCUCCUCGCAAAAUUCCUGAAAAUUUAACAAUUGGCUUUUGCAAGCAGGUCCCAGAUGCUCCAGCACACCAUGAAAAAUGCUGAGUGGUUGGGGCUGUGGACCAGGGGGUCAGGGAGGCUUCCUGGAGCGGGGGACACUCCUGAGCUGUAGCUUCUGAGGAAAGCAGUUCAUCAGAGAAGAACAUCCAGGGGCAGGGUGCAUCCUGGGCAAAGACAUGGGGACAGGAAAUCAGGCUAAGCAGGAACUGGAGGCAGGCCGGGCAGCCGGCACCCAGGCUCACAGCAGGAAUGAGGCUGGGGGGUGGGUCACAAGGAUACCAAGACAGGGCUCCCUCCUUGCCUUUACCUGAGGUUUCCUUUGUGCAGGGGCUAAGUAUGGGAGAGAUUCGCUUCUCUUCCUGUCCCAUCCUCUGCCUCUUGGGAAGAUCCAGCUAUAUGGCAUAAUAGUUGGUGCUCAGCCUGGGUCAGGGCUUUGGGUGAGGGAGAUCUUUCUCACCUGUGACAGAUUCUGGGUCCAGCCAGGACCACUGCGGAGAUUUGUAGAGCUCAGCUGAACAGGGCCCAGCUCAGCCUUAGGGCAGGAGUAGGGCAAAGCUGACAGGCCUCACUCUUAAUCUCAAACAUAAAGACUCACUCCCUCUCCCUCUGGGAGACCCCUUGCCCUAUCGGCCCACUCUGCCUGAGAGAAGGUUCUUUUCCCACCCAAAUUCCGCCCGCCUCUUAUGACUUCUUCACCCUUCCCAUUCUACUUUGUCAGAAUGGGGCAUCCCCCAAGGGUUCUCUAUUUAGAGUCUAGCUCCACAGCUCCCUCAUGCAACAGGGACCCAUCACAAGCCAUGAUCCAGGAAAAUUACUCUGCAUUGCAAUGUGGGUGACCUGCUUAAAGUAGUGUGAAAUGCUCACCUCCCAUAUUCUAGGUCCUAUACUUCUGUUAAUGUAACCAGAGUCCCUGUGAGCUUUUUUGUGACUAUCUUUUGCAGACUGUCCUUGAGCCUUUCCUGCAGGCCCAAGCCUAUCUCUUUCCUACCAGCUACUGCUCAGGCUGGACCCCAUCCUAGUUUAUAGGAACCCCAUACCCAGGUAAGAUUACACCCAAGAGUGUAAAUGCUGGGCUCUGAUUCCCUCAGCCCUGCUUAGACCCAGAGGCAGGAGGUUAUACAUCGUGAUUCUGGGGACUCCUGAGUGUGCAUCUAUGGUUGGGGGUAGGGCUGUGGCCACCAAAUGUCCAAGUACCCUUAGUCCCCAUUCCUUUCUUUUCUUUUCUUUUUUUUUUAAGAUUUUAUUUAUUUAUUUUGAGAGAGAGAAUGAGAGAGAACACAUGAGAGGGGAUAGGGUCAGAGGGCAAAGCAGACUCCCUGCCGAGCAAGGAGCCCGAUGCGGGACUCGAUCCAGGGACUCCAGGAUCAUGACCUGAGCCAAAGGCAGUCGCUUAACCAACUGAGCCACCCAGGCGCCCAGUCCCCAUUCCUUUCAUGUCCUGCCUACCUACUCCUCAAGCAGUUGUCCUAGAGACCCUGAGAACCCAGGGCCCUACAGCACAUGGAGCCAACACUAUGGCCUAGCCCCAGGAAGCCUUCCUUGAACCAGCCGCCUGCACAUGUCUAAGGACAAAGGACCUAGGGAAAAGGAGAGCCUUACUCACCAUCUAAUCCAGUGGCAGACACUGGUGGAGGUGGAAAAGAGAGACUCUAAGGGAACCAGGGACAGGCCCAGGGUUCCACCCCUGGGCCCCAGUCAGACUGCCUGACCCCUCAAUGUGGAUGUCUGGCCUUACUGCCCAGGGCCCAAACCAUCCACCUAGCGGGUGAGGUUCCUGACCCUCCUGCCUUGUGCUAUUUUCAGCCCGAGUAAGAGCAGGAUUUUCCACUCCCAGCCCCAGACCAUUGUCCAGUAGUGACGUGGGGGGACCUGCCUGCUCUCAAAAUAUCUCCUCUUACUCACUGGGUCUCCGUGCUCCCUCCCAACCACCCCACCUCCUCACCCUGACAUCACGUCCUGGGGCUGUUGACUCUUGAAGGCCACUGUGAAAGGGCAUAGUCACCUGACAGGGACCCCGGGGAUUAUCCAGCCCAGCUGUAGACUUGAGAGGGGUGGGGCCUUGCCCAAGGUCACUCAGCAGGUCAGCGUGGCACCUGGAUGUGUGCCAGGGGCUCAGGCUGUCCCUGCUGCUCUGCUCCCUUUAGUUCAGGUCGAUGCCUUUGUGGGAUUCCUGUCAUCACCCUCACUGCCCCAGCUCUCCCCACCCCGGUGGAUGGAGCUGGUGGCCGGAGCCGUGGCACUGAGGCCAGGGGCAUAGGAGAGGAGAGGGGGGACAGUGCGGGGGGAGGAGGUAGUCUUGGUGAGCUCUGUGCAUCCAGGAUGGGGCCCUGGCACACAGGGGGUCUCUGCCCUGUGGGGCAGGUGUUCCAGGGCCCAGGAGGGAGGUUAGGCCCCCAAAGCUACCCCUCUGCCACUACCCUUGUCAUGACAGAUCGAGCUAUUCUGUUCAGAGUCAAGCUCAUGAGGAAGGGUACUCGUGUAUUAACGCAGGCCCCAGGCACCUCUCGUCUCUAUUAUUCUUCCCCACAACUGUGUGAAAGAGACAUUAUUAUCCCCAUUUAGCAGAGGAGGGGACAGGCUCUGAGAAGUGAGGACUUGCUCCAGGCUGUACAGGCAAUCAGGGAGUGAGUCAGGAUCGAAUCUGAGUCCAUCAGAUGCCCAGAUUAGUUCCUUUCCAGCAUCCCAUGCCACUUGCAACCUCUGCUGGGCAGGAGGGUCUGUAAGCAACCCUCCGUGGGAUUCAAGAUGAAAGGGGCAGUGUGGUGGGGAUGGGGUUGAGAGCACAGAUUCGAUGCCUGUACUACCUCUGUCUGAAAGUUAUCUCUGCUCCUGCAGCUGUACCACCUUGGGCAAGUUACUGAACCUUGCAGGGCCUUGGUUUUCUCAUUUCCGAGAGGACGUACCACCUCCCACGCAGGGCAUUGGAUCAAUAUGCACGAAACACUUGGUAAGCAUUUACAUGGCAGGCACGGUGCCAAGGUGAUACAGAGGCAAACCAGCUGGACCCUGCCCUCAUGGAGUGGACAUAAUGUAAUAUAUAACCACACUAGGAUACAUUAUUGAAGGAAAGGAAUGUCCAGCCAGUGAGCAACAGUGGGCCUCCUGUGACCCCAGGAUGGAGGAGGAGGAGGAAAGCGGGUCUACCCUUGGCACUGGGUGGCCUUCAGGCCCAUGGGCCUGUGUGUGUUUACAGCACCUCGUGCCUGUGCCAGGCCGUGAGAGGGCAGCAGGGAGAAGCAAGAGGGGGAAGGGGAGGAGGAGGGAGGGAGGCCCUUGAUAUCAAGCUUCUGGAGCCAGCCCCUGUGGACCAGAGAGCUCCCACUCGCCCAUGGCAACAGCCAUUUCUCCCUAACUGAUGGUCCCCAUCGUGGGGUGCUACAACUACUUCUUGGUUCAACCAAGAGCCCGGAGACCCAGGCUGCCAGGACCCAGAGCAGGCAUUGAAUGGGUAACUUUUUCUGUGUGACCGGAGGCUGCCCGCCUGCCCUCUCUGGGCCACCCUCUGGAGCUUGGAGCCCUUGCCUCCCAUGACCCGGUUGUCCCUGCCUCGGUUAGGACAUCAGCCACCUCGAUCUUCAGCAAAGGCACAACAAACAGGCAUUCCCCCCCAGGCAUCCCCCCAACCCCCUGGGCUCUCAGUUCUGAGGACUGGAGUGGGCAGUGAUUCUCCCCUGGCAUCAAGCGACAGAGAGGUAAAGCGACACCAUUGGCACCCCACAGGGGCUCGGAGCGGAGCUGGUCUGCUGUCCGAUGGCCCUGCCCCUUGCAGGUGGAGGGUGGAGUCUGGCCAGGAGUGCCUGAACUGCAGGGUGAGAGAUGUGUUUGCCUUUCCAAGCGGCAUGUGCUGGUGGGGGGUGGAGAGUGGAGGGCAGAUGAACCCCAGAAGCCAAGCUCUCCUCCUCCUCUCCCCUGUGCACCAUGUGCCUUGGUGAAUCCCUUCGCCUCUCUGGGCCUCAGUUUUCCCGUCUGCCAUGGGGCUUGGCUCUGCCCAGCCGCUCUUCCUCCAAUACAGGCUUCCUGAACUUCAGCCUCUGUCUUGGCUCUCGUUCAGCCAGGUGUCCAGUCUCAGUCCUGUUCCAGCCAGGAACAAUGGGCCGGGCUGGGCCAGUCACUCAUGGCCCCAGACUCAGUCCCCAAGGGCUCACCCUGGACUAUUUUCAGCUCUUGGAGAUGGAGUCAGAAAAGGAUUUUCCACUCCCGGCACAAUGGCUGCCCCGGACCAUUGUCCAGCAGUGACCGGGAGACCCACCCGCCCCAAAAUAUCUUCCCUGCCCCUACCCUCUGGGCCUCCCCAACUUGACAUGGCUUCCCGGGCUGUUAACUCCCGAAGGCUGUUGUGAAGCAGCACGUGAGUACCCUGGAAGACAGGGCCGGUUGGAAUCAGUUUUCCCUCCUGGCAGGGACCCCAGGGAUGGUUUGGCUGCUUAGAGGGACGAGAGGCCCAGAGAGAGCUGUGCCUUGCCCAAGGCCACAUAGCAGUCAGCAUGGAGACUGGAUGCGAGGCCCGUGAAGCCUCCACUGCCCUCAUCAGCACCGCAUGCGCCUUCUGAGAACUCCCCUGGGAGGACCUCAGUGGGGCGUGCUGGAAAGGGGCCUAAGGGACGAGGGUGGAAGGGGGUGUAUCUUGGGAACCUGGGGCACUCUCUUCAGUCCUGUUUUUCGCGAAUGUGGCUUUAGCUUGCACUGAAUUCAGGGUUACCGAGUUGUGGCUCUGGGGAAAGAAGGAGGUUGGGGGACCCAGGGAAGUUGAGGCAGGAGGAGCAGGGUUCUGGCCUAGCUCAGCCAUCACCAGCUCCAUGACCACAAAUUCAAUAUCUUUAUAAAAUGGAACUGCUAAUACUUCUUUUUCCAGUUUACUGAACAGUGAGAAUGCAGGAAGGCCCAAACACAGCUAUUUUAUUUUCCUACCAGUACUGCCGAGUAUACUCCAUGUCUGAUUUCCCUUUCCCAUCCAUGAACUGUUUAAAUGGCAAACUCCCAAUAUUUGAGUCACUUGUGGGUAACAAAGUUCAUUCCAGCUUAAGGUUCCAAGCCCUACUUAAUUUAAUGCCCACCCCUCUUCUUCCCCCGUGCUGGGAGGACCCACCUCACCCCUCCUUUGUGUCCCUCUCUCCUCCGGAUGUCAGGCAAGGUGGUGAGGAGGAAAGGGACCAGUAUACCUUCCCCAGGACUGCCACAGUCCUUUCUUGCUGUCCUUGCUUCUCUGGCUAGGACAACAUGGCCAACAGUGCGCCUCCGAGUGGAGCCCUCCAAACACCAGCCCACACCUUUGUAAAGAGUCUCUUCAUUCACCCAGUCUGAGUGUGCCCCAUCUUUCUUGCUGAGACUCUAACUCCUAUGCCCCAGACUCUUGAGUGACUUUCCGAGAGCACCCCUCACCUGGCUUGGUUCAGAACUCACAAACAGCAGGGAUGUUUUCCAGGUCACUGAGCCCAGUGUUCAGCUUGUAGACAGCAUGGAGGGUGGUAGAGGGCUGGGGUAAUAAACUCUGAGAAGGUGUCUGAGCCCAGUUGUUUUGGGGUUUCUUUCAAAUGUAGGGUAUUUUAUCCCCUGUGUAUCCUUAGAUUUAUAUCCUGGAGCCAAAUUCCAAAUCAGCAGCCACAUGAAAAGUCCCACCUCAUUGUGGGAUUAAACUGUUAGACCAGCCUUUGUGACCAAAGCAACUGCAAAAUGUGGGGGAGGAAAUCAAAGCCUACUGCAUGGGUCACCACACAGCCUGUGCUAAUGUGUGUGUGUGUUUAUGUGUGUGUUGAGUUGUGACAUCUGUGUUCCAGGGGGAGUGCCGAGGCGGAAGGGCAGCCCCCACAGGUACCAAGUAGAUACCUAAGAGACAGAAGAGCUUUGGGUGGACAGCCACCCUGGAGGAAGCAGAGGGAAGAGGGGCUGCCAGGAGGUCAAACUAAUGGAAGGGGAUGGCAGGGAGAGACGGGGAGUGGGGAGAGGACCCGGUGUGUGCGUGCUUCAUGGCCCAAGUCAAUUAAGUUCUCUAUUCUUAAUUUACUACUAAAUCCCCAGCAGCCAGCUCCUUUCUACUCCCUUCAUUCCCCAUUCUUCUUCCUUUUCCCCAGCUCCUGUCCCUCCACUCUCCCCAUUUUCCUUCUCUUUUUGCUCCCCGUUCCCAGAAUUCCUGGCAACAAAGGGAAGCAAACCCAGCAGUUCAGAGCAUCAGACCCAUUCCUUCAUUCUUGAGCGCGGGCUCCCCUCCCUUCUUGGGCUGUGCUUCCGAGGCUGUAGGUGCCCAGUUCGCGGACGCUUCCCUGCUGCCCCCUGGUGGCCAGAGUGGCUGCAGACGCAGGAGUGGUGGGGGAGGCCUGGGCUGAGGUCCAGACCUUCGCCUGUGGAGUGAUAAGAGGAAAAGGAUCCUGCUGGCCGCCAGGUUGUUGGAGAGUGCGAGGUGGGAGCAGGACUGAGAAUUGAAACAGGGAACACAGUUUGCAAAACAUACCCUGACUUGCAAAACAGGUAAUAGUGCUUGAUCAAGCCACGCUGUCCAUCUCAGACUAAGCGCACACUUAUGAACACCUAUGUCCUUAGACUCACAGUUCCAAGACAAGACUACAGACAAAGAGCUCUAAUAGUAACACUCCUGGAGGACUCCUGUGUUCUCAGCAUAGGAUUGCUGACCCCUCCAGCAAAUCCCUGCUCUGCAAAUUCUGACCAAUCUCUGCCAGAGACCAUCCUUUGAGUAACUCUAGCCCCCCACGAUCCUAUAAGCACCCUUCCCUAACUCCCUGCUUUGGAGACACCCCAGGGAUCCCCCAGUGUGAAGUCUUUGUUGCAUCAAAUAAUAAGCCCAGGCUUGCUGGCUACAGCUGUGUUCCUGGUGGCGCUGACCCACACUGAUAAGAGAUUCCUGGGUGAAAGAAUGAGAGCAGGUGACAUCUCAGCUCUCUAUUCCAGCCUACCCACCCCCAUGGGCUCUCAGGGACUGCCCCAUGUAGAGCCCUACAGCCCCCAGCUGACCCAUCAUGUGUGUUCUGGCGCCAGGACAAAAUGCCACACUGUGGGUGUUUUCCCCUCUCGGAGGAAGCACACCAUGUCCAGAUGUUGGCUUUGGCAAGACUGAGGGGCAGACCCAGCUGCUCCAUCUUUGGGGCAUUGCCCCUGGCAGCCUCCCAGGUUGAGGUUUCAAAGUUGCUGACUUGACCCUCUCUGGUUCUUCCAGGGGUGAGGGGUGUCCCUGAGGACGGUGCCAUAAUGUCCUCUGGCCUUGUGUGUCCCUUUGACCUCCUGCUUACCUUCAAGGCCCCAGACGGGGUUCCCCACCUUCACUGGCUGUCAGGAAGACACCCAAGCUCUGGGUUUGAGGACAUAGCUGAGUGUUUGGGAGAGGGGCUAGAGGCCCUCCUGAGGGGCUUUCUCAGGCACCUGCCUCAUUCCAAUGCCUCCACCCCCACUAGAGCCCCGGACCUCUGGAUGCCCCUAGAAGUCCUUUCCUCCUCACAUGGUAGCCUCUAAGACUGGACUCCACCUCCUGGGAGGUGUGACCAAGCUCAGCUGGUCCUCCUAACACCCCCUGUGACUGCAUCUGCGCGGAAGUCAGGGUUCACCCACUGCCCAAGUGAUGUCUGUAAUUUGGAUCCCACCAGCACAUUAGUACGUAAAAUGCAUCUGACUCUCAGUCAUGUGGAAGGGGAGGCCCAAGUGCAGGGCCCUUGGGGAUGAAGUGGGAAGCACAAAGGUGAGCCAGCCCUCCAAGCCCCACCCUCACAGCUUUGUUCUACACCUGCAGCCCUCACCUACAGACUUUUCCUCCACCUGAAUCCAGGUGCCUUCAUUCAUGAUGCUUAGAAAUCACAGAGACUUUGGGCUUUUCCAUUUGAAUCUUGACUCUGCCACUCAUUAAUCAGAUGAUUAAUGGGCACUUCAGUUUCCUCAUCAUAAAAUUCAUAUUUUGUUGGUACUACCUGUCUCUUUCUACUAGGGUGAAAGCUCCCAGAAGACAGGGGUCUUUGUCUAUUUUGGUCACUAAUUUAUCCCCAGUGCCCAGAACGGUGACUGGCACAUGGUAGGUAUACAACAAUUACUUGUUGGAUGAAUGAAUGAAUGAAUGGUUAUUCGUAAUGAGGAAUAAAUGAGAUAAACUCUAUAAACUGUUUUGUAGACUAUCUGGUACCAGUGGAUACUCAUUAGAUGUUCAUUCCUUUCCUUUGCAAAACAGGUCAAAUUGAUUAUUUCAUGUAAGCUUCACAAUGGCUCUUUGAGGUAAAAAUAUUAUCGAUUCAUUCAUCCAUUUAUUCAACAAAUAUUUACCAAGAGCCUACUAUAUUCCAGGUACUGUUGUAGAUAGUUGGAAAUCAUCAGUGAAUAAAAAAACAAAGACCCAGGCGCCUGGGUGGCUCAGUCGUUAAGCGUCUGCCUUCGGCUCAGGUCAUGAUCCCACAGUCCUGGGAUCGAGUCCCACAUCGGGCUCCCUGCUUGGCAGGAAGCCUGCUUCUCCCUCUCCCACUCCCCCUGCUUGUGUUCCUGCUCUCGCUAUCUCUCUCUCUGUCAAAUAAAUAAAUAAAAUCUUAAAAAAAAAAAAACAAAGACCCUUCCCUUGUGGAGUUGACAUUCGAGGUGGGAUGAGAGAGACAAAAAAACCCCAAAAAACACCAGUCUUAAUUAAAUGUAAAUUCCAUGGUAUGCUAGAAGAUGAACAGCAGAGCAGAAAGAGGGUUUGGGAGGGUGGGCAAGUAGAGGGUAACGGGUGGGGGGGGGGUGUGAUUUUAAAGAGAAUGGCCAGGUGAAGCCUCAGGAGGGGCCCAAAACAGGGCAUUUGAGCAGACUUGAAGGAGGAGUGGGAGUUAACCGAGGGGCUCCCUGAGGGGAGAGUAAACACCUGUUCCCCCUGCCUGUGUAAGGAGGCAGUGACUGGAGUGCAGGCAGGAGGAGUGGAGGCCAGAGAUGGGGAGAAUCUCGUAGGACGUGGAAUGAGGCGGAAAAUCAAGGCAGAGAUACAAUUAGGCUUGCAUUUUAGAAGGAUCUGGCUAGGGGCGCCUGGGUGGCUCAAUCAGUUAAGCAGCUGACUCUUAAUUUCAGCUCAGGUCAUGAUCUCAGGGUCGUGGGAUGGAGCCCCAUGUUGGGUUCCCUGCUCAGCGUGGAGUCUGUUUGAGAUUCUCUCUCUCUCUCUGUCCCCCUGCCCCUCCCCCUGCUCCCAUUUGCUCUCUCUUUCUCUCUCUCUCUAAAAUAAAUUAAAAAAAAAAAAAAAGGAUCUGGCUGCUGUGUUGUGAAUAAACCAGAGCGGAGCAGCGAGAGCAGGAAGGAGCUAACGCAGGAAGCCAGGAGAGAGAUCAUGGCGGUUGGGACCCGGUGGUAGCGAUGGAGGUGGUGAGAAACGGACCGAAGCCAGAUGUAUUUUGAAGGAAGAGCCAAUAAGAUUCCUGAUAGAUUUUUCCCGCAAGGUUUGGUAGGCAGUGACUGCAGUCCAGAGGAGGUCUAGUGGGGUGGCACAUACCCACAGGUCCCUGAGUGGGGUGGAGAAUGGCGCUAGGGAUAGCAGGAAGGUCCCCAGGUCUGGGGCAGUGUCUGGGGGAGGAGAGGGCAGGAUGGGAGCAAGGAUUCUGUUGCAGCAGGUCACAGACCAGCCCCAGGGCAGCUGGGCGUUGAUUUGAUCAACGGCUUUUUCCUCUUCCUCUGUAUCCCCUUUUGAUGGCCUUUUAAUUGGGUCCAUUUGUUCCAAAACUGUGAGCUGAGCAGACACCAGAGUACUUGCCUAUUAUUAAAUAGAUUAGAAAAUGGCCCUAUGUUUUGGGCUACCGGAAAAGUCAGAGCCGCUGUGUGGCUUGUCUGAGGAGUAAUCACAGGCUUCCGCUCAUGGCAGAGCCCAUGCCAGGCAUCUUGUCUUCAUCCUCGCCCCUGCCUGGCUCAUCUGCUAAGUGUCUCCUCCUCCUCCAAGACUCACUUCAAAAUCCCCUCAGGAAGCCUUGCUGAUCACCAUCCUUGCCCUCGGCCUCACCUUCCUGGGCAACUCUCACAGGUAGGGUGAAGGGUCCCUCAAUGGAGGGCCUGCCUCCAACAGAAGACAUGGUCCAAAUGGGGGUUUUUAGGGAAGAAGGACACCCAAAGAGCAUUUAAAUCACAACCCCACUUAAGUAAAAAACACCUUUCCAUUUCCCACAGUUCCUCCCCACAGAGAAGCUGGACUCCAAGAAAGGGGUGGGGGUGGUGCUGGCAGGGAAGGGAGGAGAGAAUUGUCAAAUUCAUGUCAUGUCUGGAGAAAGGCGAGCCCUCUUGCACUGUUGGUGCAAGCCACUCUGGAAUACAGUAUGGAGGUUCCUCAAAAAGUUAAAAAUAGAACUACCCUACAAUCUAGCAAUCACACUGCUGGAUAUUUAUCCAAAGAAUACAACACUAAUUCAACAUCCCAGUGUUUAUAGCAGCAUUAUCAACAAUAGCCAAAUUAUGGAAAGAGCCCAAAUGUCCAUCAGCUGAUGAGUGGAUAAAGAUAAUUAGUAUACACACACAAUGGAAUAUUACUCAACCAUAAAAAGAAAUGAAAUCUUGCUGUUUGCAACAACGUGGAUGGAGCUAGAGAGUGUAAUACUAAGUGAAAUAAGUCAGUCAGAGAAAGACAAAUAGCAUAUGAUUUCACUCAUAUGUGGAAUUUAAGAAACAAAACAAAUGAGCGAAGGGGGUAAAAAAGUAAGAGAGACAAACCAAGAAACAGACUCUUAACUAUAGAGAACAAAUUGAUGGUUGCCGGAGUGGGGGUGGGGGGUGGAGAUGGGUGAAACAGGUGAUGGGGAUUAAGGAAGGCGCUUGUCGUGAUGAGCACCCGGUGAUGUGCGGAAGUGUUGAACCACUAUAUUCUACGCCUGAAACUAAUAGUACGCUGUUGGUUAACAAAUUUGAAUAAAAACUUAAAAAAAUAAAGCACACAAUUCACCAUUUAAAAAAUUCAUAUCAUGGGAAUGAGAUGGAAACGUACACUUGCCUGGAGAAAAAGAAAACCAUUUCCUGCCAGUAACACAUUCAGACUGUAAAAAAACUAAAACAAACAAAAACACUGGUUACUUCCAUGUUUAGACAUUGUCUACUGAUACGCUCUGUGAAAGAUGAGGAUUUAGUUUUCUUCCCUCAUCCUCCCAUUGCAAUUUCUGGGUAAAACAAUAUUCAGUGCUUACAUUUUUAUGACCUUGAAAGUAUUGUUUGCAGUAACAUAGCAUUCUAUGAUUACAUUUUCUUUCUUGCAUAACUUUUUUGUUUUUCCUAGAAUUAAUAAUUGUGUAUCACUGUAUACCCUUAAGAGGGACAUAUGCUAAGGACAAAAUUACAAGGAAAUCUUAAACAGUAUUUGUAAUCAUAUCAUGAGUGGCUAUUGAGCACUUGAAAUAUGACUCAUCUGAAUUGAGUUGUGUUGCAGGUAUAAAACCACACUGGGUUUCAAAGACUUGGGUACAAAAAAAGGUGGUAAAAUAUUAAUUUUUUAUAUUGGUUGCAUAUUAAAAUGGUAAUAUUUUGGAUAUAAUGAGUUAAAUAAAAUAUAUUGCUGAAAAUAA